UCUCUGUAAGGACCCCAGAUUGGGUUCAAAUGAAUGUCACCAAAUUUAAUAAAACUUAUAUGGAAAAUUAAAAGUGUAUAUGAGAUUUAUUUUGCAUAAAAAAAAAUUUGGCUGAGACACAUCAUAGGGGUUAUGGCCCAAAUAUUCAUUUCAGGGUUAACCCAUAGCAAACAGGCUAAACAAUCAACAAUUCGGUGUCAUUUUAUGAAAAAUCCCAAGAUAAGUUUAUAAAAUUUUAGCAAUAAUUUAAAGAUAAAAAUACUGUAUUUAUUAUUUAUUUUAGUUUUGGAGAUGUGUUUUGUUUAUUAAGAAAAAGAAAUGCAUAUAAAAACUCUGAAAAUCUUGGUUUUGGCUAAAAGAGUUAUCGCCCUUUGUAAAACUCUCUAGUGACUACAGUGAAAGAAGGUAAAAACAGUCCGAUUUGUAAGCAUGUCGUCUGGAGUAUAUUUAUACAAACCUUUGGUUUUGACUAGUUUUAUACCAGUUUACAGUAUUUUUAUGACCUUACAUUGAUAACUUCAAAAGAAAGUAACCAACAUGCAAUGCAGCUUUGUUGGGAGAUGUGAAUUAGACUGCUCUGAAGAAAUACAGCAUCUCGUGAAUUUCAGCUCGGAUCAAGUUUGUAUUAUUUUAUCUGAAGUAGGCCUAAAACCUUGUGUUGCAUUCGCUAAAUACAACAACUAUCAAAUAUGCACGAGCCAUUUUAACUUUUAUUUGAAAUCAAAUACAAAACGAUCAAGAAGGAAGCUGUGUCAAAUCCCAAGUUUGCUAAGCUCCCACCCUCACAUAGACAACACCAGAGAAGAUGGACUUAGAUCUCUUCCUAUUCGUACGCAUAUAAAAAGUGCAAGCAGGGGAUUAAAGGAGAGUGAUAUCAUCCAUUUGAUUAGUCAUGCUGGUAUAACACUACCUGUGAAUACACCAUGCUGUACCAUGUGUCUUAAGAAAAUAAGAGAGGAACAUGAGAAUGAAGAGGAUCAUUACAUGGAGUGUUCAACAUCAGACAAAGACAAGCAACUGCAGCAAGCUACUUCCACUGAGACGGAAGGGUCUUACCUCUCAGAAGCAAGGGAGCCACCUAGCAUUACAGUAAGUAUUCUCAAAAAGUAAAGUGUACCAGUGUGU